UCUAGGGGGUGCUGUAGAACACAUGCAGUCAGUAUAAAGAUGGCGGACGUCGAUAAGUGGAUUGAUAUAGCUAAGGAGUGUAAAUAUCUCCCAGAAAACGACUUAAAGAAACUUUGCGAUAUGGUUUGUGAUCUUCUGCUGGAAGAGUCAAAUAUUCAGCCAGUUUCAACUCCCGUAACAGUAUGUGGAGAUAUUCAUGGGCAGUUCUAUGACUUGGAAGAACUAUUUCGUAAUGGUGGACCUGUUCCUGAUACAAAUUAUAUCUUCAUGGGAGAUUUUGUAGAUCGAGGUUACUACAGUUUGGAGACGUUUACAAGGCUGCUCACUUUGAAAGCCAAGUGGUCUGACCGCAUCACACUCCUUAGGGGAAAUCAUGAAUCUAGACAGAUUACACAAGUGUAUGGGUUUUAUGAUGAAUGCCAGAAUAAAUAUGGAAAUGCAAAUGCUUGGAGGUACUGCUGUCGAGUAUUUGAUUUACUGACUGUUGCUGCGUUAAUUGACGAACAAGUUCUUUGUGUUCAUGGAGGUCUGUCACCAGAAAUCCGAACUCUUGACCAAAUCCGUAGCAUUGAAAGAAACCAGGAAAUUCCACAUAAAGGAGCAUUUUGUGACCUUGUGUGGUCAGAUCCUGAAGAUGUUGAGACCUGGGCUAUAAGUCCUAGGGGUGCUGGUUGGUUAUUUGGUGCUAAAGUCACACACGAGUUCAUGUUGCUCAAUAAUUUGAAACUUAUUUGUAGGGCACAUCAGUUGGUGCAUGAAGGUUUCAAGUAUAUGUUUGAUGACAAGCUGGUUACUGUAUGGUCAGCCCCUAAUUAUUGCUAUAGGUGUGGUAAUAUAGCAUCAAUUCUUGAAUUCACUAACAUUGACACUAAAGAACCCAAACUUUUUCAGGCUGUGCCUGAUUCUGAGCGUGUCAUACCUCCUCGUACCACCACCCCUUAUUUCUUGUGAUAAUCUCAGCCUAUCAAGUGGAUGAAAACUAUGAACAUUCAUAUCAGUACACUUGUCAGUAGGAAGACUUUGUGAUAUUGAAAUUGUCCUGCAUAGACAGGAUACUGAGGUGACAUCAUGACAGUUUGCAUAAAACACUGCUUCAACACUGUGUUGAUCGUAGUUGUACAUUAUAUAUAAGGUCAUUGAUGCUGGUAUGUAUACAAACAAUCAGUUACCAAUUCCUUUGAUAAAUAACUGAUGAACUGUAGUGAAUUGUUCGUACAGCUUUGAGAUUGCACUGGUCUUUGCAUGACCUCUGUGGAAUGUGAGGUUCUCACAAUGAUGAUGUAGUCAUCUGGGUUGUAACAUCUUAUAGUUUGGAGAUGGCCUGACUUUUCUUCUCUGAAAUUUUGGGCUCCCUCUGUACUACACAGUAUUACAAUUGAGAAGACGAUACUCUUCAUGUAUGGCCUUUGUUUCUUCAUUUAAGUGAUAGUAUUUGAUUAAAUUGCUGCUCUUUCUGAAAUUCUGUGUUAAUGGGAGAAUAGAAGGCACAUAUAGAAGAAUCCCCACGCUUAGCCACAUUUCCGUUUUUAAAACUGUAAGCCAUAUUGGUGAGCAAGGAUCUCUACUCAGUUAAUGGGAAUAGAGUGCUGUUACCCAUGUUGUCUUAUGUGGAUGUAGAAUAAAAGUAUAACAGGGAAGAAUUUAGCUCUUCAGUUUUCUGAGGGUAACAUCAUACUAAAUUUAUUGUGUAUGUGUGCAUGCAUGCCUUUGAAUGCAUGUAUUUACAAGGAAACAGGUGUAAAGAAGUUUUCCUGCUUUGAAAGCUUCUUUAAGGUCAGUAAGUGAACUCCUGGUGCACAGAAAUGUAAAAAUAUUUUGGAAAUAAAAAAUUAACCUGUACAUAUUGUAAGCAGUUCUCUAAGGGAAUUUGUCUUUGAAUUUAUAUAUGCAUAUUAUAUCUGAUUUGAAUUUUGUAUUAGUAUAAAUGUGAAAUGGAAGAGACCAGGUGAAGUACUUGCCAGAAAAGGGUCCAAAGAGAUGAACACUAAAUAACUAUUGACAUUGUGAACUUCCUCACCAUUUUCAAGAUAGCAGACAGAAAAAGUGAAAAACAUGUACAUAUUGUCACUAGGUGAUACAUCACUUAGUGACAAAAUGAUACAUUUUAACCGACACAUUGUUAGGCUUUUACAGUAGAAGCCCUUAAUUAUGCUAGUUUAUGUUGAAAUGGCAUUGAGAGAUGUGAUAGUAGCAGCUAACAUAAUUUUAGAAAUAGUUGUGUGAAGAACCCAUAAGGACUGUAAUAAAUGCAAGUGCUGGGUCCAUGAGUGGAUGAAGGAGGAAUGCUUCUUACUUGUAAUACUGUGCUGAAAAGUCAUAAUCAUCAGGCAUACAAAUGUAAAGUUUUAUGUUACUCGAGAGGAGUUCUGAGGUGAAGACUCACUUGAAAAUCACUAGACUGGUCCAGGUGUGAGUCUCAGGAGAUACCUGGACCAUGCAUUUCCUGAGUAAGAGAAACAUAUUUCCAAUUUUCUUUUUAACUGUGAAUUUUGAAACAUAAACUCUUUAGGAAAGAAAUCUACAUCUUUGAGACCUAAAUCUAUGUUUAUAUUGUAAUACACCAGGUAAGCUUGGCAUUUAAAAUCAUGUAGAGGUUUUCCUCUGAACUAAAUGGAUUAACAGAUUAAUAUUUAAAAAAUCUUUGAUAUCCAGCAAUCUGAUAACAAGUUAUCUUGAAUUUUCAUAUAAUGUAAUUCCUUAACAUGUUUUGAAGUAAUUUUUCCAUCACUGGGGGUAUGUCUUAAAAAGAAACCACUGAAUUACAUGUAUUUAAGAAUAUAUGCACAAUAUUAAGACCCUGUGAUUAAAAACCUUUACUGUUUAGGAUUUGAGGUUCUCACAGCCAUGUUUAUGAAGAGUUCUGUCUUCUGGAAUAUAAUGCUGUGUAGUCUGUUGAGAGCCGACAUUUCAAAAAGUCAAAGAAUAAGCUGAGCAGGAAACCAGCAGAGCUCAGCUUGCCACAUGUUUUCACACUGCUUUCUUGCUAGGCUUAUUCUUUGACCUUGAAAAUGGAGGUGAUGUUCCUCCAAAAGUAGGUCGAUGUUCAGUGGGCUACAUAGCGUUAAUCCCAGCAGGUAGAAUACUUCAACCUUACUAUUGUUUAUGGUCAAUAUCUUGUUGCAGUAUUGCAUUUUGUUAUUUACAAGAAGAUUAAGAAAUGUUUAAAAUAGUUCUUGUAUAAGUUAAAACUUUUAAACAUUUUUCUAUAUAUGUAGUGUUCGACUGAGUAAAGUUAAUUAUAUUGUAUCUGUUUAAAAUUGAGCCGAUUGUAAGUGUAGGUAGAUGUUAUGUUCGUUUUCCAUCUGUUGGAGUUGAGUUAUUAGGCAUUUCCCCAGCUGGGAGCAUGUUAGUACAUAAAAAUUCCUAACUCUUGUUUAUGAUAAUGAAGGUUUCUGGCAGAAUAGAAUGAUAGGACUUCUAGUUUGAGACUGAAAUCUUUUGAGAAUGCUUAGAUUAAAAACAGUAACUAACAGAAUUCUGUACUUAUAUAUAACAAUGCUAAAAUUAAGAUUUAGAUGAUCAGAAUUCUAGAUUGAAUUUGUGUGGAAGGAGCCCUCAGAAUCACCAGUGCAUAUGAACAAAUACUAAAACAAGUAGCUGAGAUCUAAGAUUGAAAUUAAAUUUUAAAAUCUAUUAAUAUUUCAGAUGUCACAAGCUGUUCUGCUAGUAAGCCAGUACAAUAUGGUUAUCAGUAUGUUAUUUGAGUGGCAUCUCACUGUUUCUUGAUUUAUGUUAAUUCAGAUCAUUUUCAUUUUAUUUCAAUUAAUAUUAAUUUUUUAACAAAAUACUGGUAAAUGCCUAUACCUAUGUGCCAUCAUCAGCAGCAAUUUGACACUGUAACCUGUCAUUUUAUAUAUUUAUUUUGUGUAGAUUUUCACAUUUCAUGAUCUAAAGUCACUUGUGCUCAGUGCCAUAAGAAUGGAGUUUGCAUUACAUUUCAAAUGCGUAUGCCCUUAACCUUUUGGAACCACAAGCUAAUCAGAUCAACUCAGCAUACUUGUAUUAAAACUGUCUUGGCCAAAGAACUCAAUUGAUUGUUCAUGACUCAGUACAGCAUCUAUGUCAAUAGGUGACAUCAAAUGUGCUAUAUAGAUGUUUAGAAGAAAGCACAGGCUUUCACAUUAUUUAUUCCCGUGGAUGUUUGAAUGUAGUGUGAGGAAUUAUUGCAGAUUUUCCCAAAGCUGGUAGGUCUGUGGCAGGGUUUGGCAGUCAGAGGGUUUAAGAUGCAUAUUGUUAAAACAAAGUAACUGAACUUUUUGGGCUGAAAUGUUAUGUAAACUGCAAACAAAGUAAUCGAAAUGUAUGUGAGAGCUAGGAUCAAAUUUACAUACCAAAACAUUUAUGUGUAUUGACAGCCUUAUCUUAAAUCAAGAAUUGAUGAUUCAAUAUAAACAUGGUAAUUGACAAAUCCACAAAAGAUUUAAUUGGAACAAUUUUAAGAACUUUGUACCUCUUGGACUGAUCUAGGCAUAUGCAAGGAUCAAUUUUUUUUAUAAAAUCAAGAAUAAAAGAUCUCAAUUCAAAUGCUGAUUUUUCACUCUCAGACUUCAAGAUUUUUCAUAUAACUGCUUUUGCCUUCCUAUUCUCAUUCUGCCCAUGGUGAAAAGGACAUGAUUUCUAAAAAUUUAAAGAGUUUUUUUUAGUUCCUGAUGCAGCACCAAGAUGCCAUGGAUCCUCAAUGUCUAAUAAGUAUUGUCACAUGUUGGGUGUUUCAUGCGCGACAAAUAACUUCAUGCCGGUUUGAAUCUAGCAAAUUUAUUCCA